AUGCUUUUCCAAUUCGAGUCGGAUAAGUUGGACAAAGCGCCGUGUGGAAUGGCGCUACUGGAGGGCUCCUACUGCGAGAAAACCCUCGUACUGCGGACCUCCCGCGACACGCGCAUCGCACCGCAACACGAUCACUGCUUCACCAUCUGCUGUUUGCCGAAACGCAAGAAGUACUACGAGCUGCGAGCGGACAGUGAGGAGAAAUGCGACGACUGGGUUGCAGCCAUUCGAGGUGCAAGAUACUGCAGUGUAAUUGAGUCCAGACAGGAGCUGAAGGAGAAUCAGGCCUACCUGUUGCAGAUCUUGGAAACAGAACGAAAGGCUAAACUGCAGUACCUUCAACAAACCGAUGAGUUGGAAGCCGAAAUAAAGAAGCUAAAAAACGAACUCAACGCCAUUGCUCCGGCCAAGCCAAGCAAGAGCAUGUCCAUGGAGGAAUCUGACCAACUGCGCAAAAUCAAGAAGGUUCAGUCAUUUCUUCGUGGUUGGCUAUGCCGACGGCGAUGGAAACACAUCGUGGAGGAGUACCUCCUCUCACCUCACGCGGAAUCAAUGCGAAAACGCAACUCCAUCGUCUUCAAGCUGUUUGAAGGGGAGGAGGAAUAUGUUCAACAACUAAUCACUCUUGUUACCUGCUUCCUCCGACCAUUCAGAAUGGCGGCCAGCUCAAAGAAACCCAUAAUAACACAUGAGGAUGUGAACUCUAUCUACUUAAAUGUAUUCUGUCCAGCUAGUAGGGAAGUUAAGGAGGCAUCGUGUGUUUGCAUAUUUGAUGUCUCUACCCAGGGCCGCCCUCGAUCCUCCCAUCCGCUUCAUAUGUACUUCUUUCUUCCCGCUAAUGAUAACCAUCCAGCGGUUAAAGUACGGAUAGAUGUCCUCCUCCUCGAGACCUCCAGCGAUCUCUUUGAUAUGUUGCUGCCAAUGCUGGGCGUCUAUCAGGAAUACGUGCGCAAUCAUCACUAUUCUCUUCAAGUCCUGGCCGAGUAUAAAUUGAAGGAGGAGUUCACCCGGGCGUUGAAGAGAUGCGAGGAGAAAUCGCAAUGCGAGGGAAGAUCGAUUGAAUCCUUCCUCACCACUCCUAUGUAUCAGAUUCCGCGGUACCUUGUCACGUUGCACGAAAUCCUUGCCCACACACCUCAUGAACACGUCGAUAGAACGAAUUUGGAGUAUGCGAAGAGAAAAUUGGAGACCCUCUCUCAAGUAAUUCAUGAUGAGGUCAGUGAAACGGAGAAUAUUCGCAAGAACCUCGCGAUUGAACGUAUGAUCUCUGAUGGGUGCGAUAUCCUUCUCGAUGCAAAUCAGGUUUUUGUGAGACAGGGAACUCUAGCGCAGGUAACAAUGAAUAAGGCAACCUAUCCUUGCUCCCGAAUCACUCAGCUCAGUUCCUCAUCAUGUGAAAAGAAGGAGCGGUUGAGGCAGGUUUUUCUCUUCACAAAUCAUCUUCUUAUCGCCACGAGGACUAAUUCUGGGAGACUCAAGUUGGCCAAGAAGAACGGUAAAAUUCCUCUACAGGGUUGCGCCCUCAUCGAAGAAAUGGGUUCCGACUUAAGUCAAGACGAAAGCGGUCAUGGCUCUCCGCCGCCCAAUGACACCCCUGAAAGCGGCCUGAGUCCCGUCUCAAGGACACAGAGUGUAAACAGCUUUGGAGGACAAGAGGAUUUAAUUCCAAUGGAACCACAGCAACAACAGCCCACACCACCGUCACCGUCGUGGAAUUUGAUCCCCGCUAAAUUGGCGCAUGGAUCGUUGAUGCUGGCCGCACUGACACUGGGCACUACAGGAGGUGAUUACGCAGGGAAGUUCAGGCGGGAGACACGCACGAGCUCCCUCAAUCGCAAAAACGUUGCCGAUGACUCAGGUGAUGACAGUCCCACACAAAUUGCCUCAUUGAUGUCCACCUCACCCUCAACCAGCACCGCUCCUUACCUCGGAAGCUACAGAAAUCUCGCUUUUCAGAUAACAUGGCCAGGCAAUGAGGAGGAAACCUGCAGUAUUUGGCUAGUGGCCUCGAAUUUGCAAGAAAAGGAGGCCUGGUGCUCAGAUAUAAGUCAGUGCAUUGAACAACUCCACUAUAGUGACAUGCUGAGCAUUGCGCAUUCGGAGGUGUCAUCAAUCUCCAUGCCCUAUUCAGUUCGUUUGGAUCCUGGACUAUUCAAAGACUGUCCUGACAUUAAGUACCGGUCAACGAGGAACUCGUGCAAAAUGCCUCAAUACACAGUAGAAGUAAUCGUUGAUCCAUCAUUCUGCCUUAUGAAGGUUCGCCACGGCACCUUGGGCCGUCUCUUGGAUCGCCUUUUGGAUCCGCGGUUUCAGUCAAUUGACUACUUGAACACUUUCCUUCUUACUUACCGUGUCUUCACCACUGGACUUACAAUCAUAGCUGUGCUUCGGUGUGUACUUCGAGACCCAUCACUUCAACUGGCUUCAACAAAAAUUGACCUCGAUCUACUAGAGUCCAUGCUGCAAGCGAGACCCGGUGUUCGACGUGCCAGUCAGCAGCACAACGAUAGCCUUACGUUUACCGGAAUCAAGGGUGGGAGACGAGUGUCCACAGGCAUGAUCGAUGCCACGAGACACCAAGUCUUCUUUCCACGUCGAAAUCUGGCCACUGAAAAAGUUCUUGAGGAGGAGGAGCAUGAGUCCGGCGAUAGCGAAAGUGAGGAAGAUAUCGAAACGCGGAGGACUAAAAGUGCAUCUGAGGCCGAUAAAUUGAGAAAAUUUUUAUUUUCUGAGGCCUCUAGGGGCAGUAGUAAGGAGGGAAUCAAGAACAUAUCCCAUGAUAUAGUGAAGGAGGCAGAGGAAUUGGCUAGGAAUGCGUCCCUAGAAAACAGAUUCGAUCCACUGACAAUUGAGGAAGAGAGCAGAGACAAUUUAAAAUUACUUGGGCACUCCAGAGAAAUUGGUAAUGGCAAAGAACGUGAUGAAGAGAGUGAAGAAGGAGGAGAAACGGAGGAGGAGGGAGAGGCGAAAGGCGAUGAAAAAUACUCCUUUUCUAAAGCAGACAAAUCGGCUCUUGUGGGGCUUAGCCCGAUGCAUGCUGUAAAAAUGAAGCAAGCAGAAUCAGGAACGGGGAAGCAGGUCAUCGCGAGUGAAUUUAUCUUUCCUAUCACAAAUGCUGGUUCACCACUGAUGACCUUCUUUGGGAACAAGGAGAAUCAAAGUGCUGUCGUGCCAGAUCUCUCAAUCAUCAAGAGCCGUUCUGUUUCAACCUCUGCACCCAACCGAACCAGCUUAACCCGACAACAGAGCCGCGUGAGUUACACCUGUGGCACACCGACGUAUCGUCGAGCACCAAGAGCCGGUGCUAUCAUCACUUCCGCGCGACUCUCUAGACGAAGGUCAAGCAACUGGGCCGCGGUGAAAGCCUUUGCCAUAGCAACUGCAGCCAGCAGUUCGACACGCAUGUCCCAUCAAAGACGCAUAUCUGCUAUCCACCGAUCUCCAAUGUCAACAGCAGCAAUAACAGCAAUAACAACAUCUUCCAUAACACCUACAACUGCCGUAGCUUCUACAUCUCACUUUGGUGAAACACCACCAGUGACGACCAUGGCAUCCGUCGCAAAUUGGAUGACACCGAAGGAAGAAUCCCCGUUUCUGCGAUUAACGACAUCGAGUGGAGAAGGAGGAAGAGAGGAGAAGGUGGCGAGCAUGACAGUAUUGAGGGUUUUGAACGUGGCACGGCAUUGGAUUACGAAGUAUCCCGAGGAUUUUGACGGCAAUGCUCAACUCAAGUCCAAAAUGCAGGUUCUGCUGGAGGAAUUACUUCGUAAUCCUCGCCUAAACGUUUCAAAUCGCAAGGUUCCAUCAAAGGAGAACUUCGAUAAAAUACCAGCAUUAGAUAUUGCGGAGGAGUUAACCUACCUCGAUUUCCACAUUUUUCGCUCAAUUAAAACGCAAGAACUACUGAACCAGGUAUGGAUGAAAGAUGGAAAGGAGACCAAGGCGCCCCACGUGAUGCUGGUGACAAAACGCUUUAAUGAAGUCAGUAAACUGGUUGUUUCGGAAAUUAUUUCCCGCUCAGAAAUUCCAGAUCGUGCAGCCUGUAUUGAAAAGUGGAUUGCAAUUGCUGACAUCUGUCGAUGUUUGCAGAAUUACAAUGGGGUGUUACAAAUUUGUGCAGCCUUGGAAAACAGUUCUGUUCACCGCCUGAAGGCAACCUGGGAGGUGGUUGCUAAACAGUCUAAGCAGUCGUUUGAAAAACUCCUCACUUUGGUGGCUGCAACCGCGAGGUUUAAGAAUUUGCGUGAACUGCUCCAUCGCUGCGACCCACCAUGCAUACCGUAUCUGGGCAUGUAUCUGACGGAUCUCUCCUUCAUUGGAGAGGGCGCAUUGGAUAUUACUGAGCACGGCCUGAUAAAUUUCUGCAAAAUGAGAAUGGUCGUGGACUACUUACUAGAUCCAACUCGAUUACUAAGCGAUGACCAAACAUACGAGGCGUCGUUGAGCAUUGAGCCGAGACGACCUUUCACUACCGUCUUGCACUUGCUGAAGAUCAGUGUUCUCUUCUUUGUGCCUCUGGAGUCUGCUGCAAUGGGCAUCUGCUGCGAAUCGGGCACUUCUUGCUGUCCGCGAGGCACCGUUUGCGACUCCGAUGGUUAUUGCACAAGGAUCCAGUCCGGAUUCUUUGCCUUCAUGAACUUUUUCGCUCCACCCCCACCUCUAUCUCAGAUUCCUACUGAAAACCCGCCUACAACACCGGCGACAAAAACUGAAGCCAGUUUUGAAUCGUGUCCUGCGACUUGUGGAGAUCUCUGCUGUCCUUUCGAAGGUGGCGUCUGCUGUAACGACGGCGAGCAUUGCUGUCCGCCUGGUUAUGAAUGCGACAUUUUAACAAAGUCAUGUCGCCUUUCUCCCAAAGACGAGUUAUCCUCGAUCUCAGAUAGUCGAGUAUGCCCUCUGGUAGACUCGGGAUGUCGCAACACUGAUACCUGCUGCGUUAUGUUCGAUGGUACUAUGGGGUGUUGUCCUUACGAGGAGGCAGAUUGCUGCGCAGACGGUUAUCACUGUUGUCCGAGAGGUACACACUGCACCAGUGACUCGGAUGGAUGCGUGCCCAGAUCGGGUGCUUGGGUGAAUCCCUUCGAGCCCUCCAAUUAUUUAAUCGGUCGAAAGCGUGUCAAGUGUUCGGAUGGGAAGUCUGCCUGUCACAAAGGCUCCACCUGUUGCAAGACUGUGGGAUCUGGCGCCCCCUUUGCGUGCUGUCCAUUUGAGAAUGCCGUUUGUUGCAACGAUGGAGAGCACUGCUGUCCUCAGGGCUACCUCUGCGACUCUAGGAACGGUGGUUCUUGCGUCUCACUAUCCACCAUUCCGAUCAUCCCCGUUGUCUCGGGGGAGGCUUCGAAACACCCCGUAGAAGAAACUGUGAUGUGUGAUGAUAGCAGUUACUGUGAGGGUCCCAAUGCCACCUGCUGCCAGUUGGCCGACGAUUCUUGGGGCUGUUGUCCGUUUUUGGAUACCACUUGUUGCUUAGAUCGUGAGCACUGCUGUCGCAACGGUUACUCGUGUGCCUUCAAUCAAUGCCUCAAAUCUGACUCGAGUGGUGACCUUUUAACACCUUGGAAGUUCAAAAAAGCAGCAAAGUUUGUCACUUUCGACAGUAUCGUUUGCAAAGACGGCGUAACUAUAUGUCCGAGCAAUACGACCUGCUGUCCGAUUGAUGACAACUUUUAUGGGUGCUGUCUGUGGCCUAAUGCCGUGUGUUGUAAGGACCGUAAGCAUUGCUGUCCAUCCUCGUAUGAAUGCGACACCACCUACAAUGCCUGCGUCCGCAGUGAUGAUGCCUCAUCUACCAUCCGGGCGAGCUCAGAAAUCCUACCAGCUCUGACGAGCAAGUAUCUUGGGGCCUGCUUUCCUAAAGCAACGCCUUGUUCCGGCAAUGGGAAGACCGGUUGCUGUCCCCUCGAAAAUGAUUACGGUUUGGAAGCCAGAUUGAGAGUAAAAUCUGACUACUCUCUAACUGUCCAUCUAGUCGGUGGACCUGGUGAUUCAAUGAAUGGUUCAACUGCCAACCCGGUCAUUCGUCUCCAGUCAAUCAACCCAUCCGGUUGGUUUUUUGACUCGUCGAUAGCCGUCUGCUGCUCGGACGGGUUGCAUUGCUGUCCGAAGGACUCCGUCUGUACCGCCAGUGGUUGGUGUUUGAUGGAGGGUGAUAAAAGCUUGACAGACGGUUUCCUUCGAGCGCCGCGUCUCCUACCGAGGAUUUUUGAAGCAGAUCGCCUUAAUCUUACGUUUGAAGUGGUGGUGGGUGGAGGCUUCCUUUUUGCAGCGAUUGUGGUACACACGCUUCACUCGGUUCUUGUCUACGUCUGUUUUUCACAUGUGGGGAAAUAUCUCCGAUGUUCCGAGUUGUUACCAACUACUCUCGUUGUGCCUGCACUUGGAACCUUUCAGGCACCGAACCGGGUAAUCAAUGAGUCGGACGUCGAUGCAGGCGGAUGUUUACCGACGGCGUGGAGGGUGGAGACGCCGCAAGCGCGUACACGCCUGAUGGGUGGCCCACGGGGUCAGCUUGUGCCGCGCGGUCGCUUCACCCACACGACGUUGGAAGCUAUGGCGGACUCUGGGAAGGAUCCUUGCCAAAAUUCAUCAGUAGGAUCUCAGACGGCUUAUCCAAAACUGAGUGAAGAUGCAAAAGUGUCAGGAAGAGUCAGCAACGAAACGGUGUUCAACACCAACUCAGACCUGCUGUUCCAAUGCCCCUCCACUUCAAAAUUGUUGUCCAACCUUGAAGUGUCAAUUUUCGAAGCCCACUUGUACAAAACCUCCAUCUUCGCCCUGUUGCCCCAGCCCCUGUCCACCUCCACCCCCGUCGCAGGCGUGCUGUCCAAAACAACCACCCGUUUGCCCGCCACCUAA